AUGGCGAUGGAUGUCUAUAACAGGCAGUACUCCGGAAACGUCGACGAGGAUCCCGUCGGCGGCCGCAAGAGGUAUACCUACUGGGUGAUGUUCAAGCGCCCUGCAAUGCGAACCUCCACCGACAUGAAAAAGAUUCUGGCGGAGUACAUGUUUUUCUUCAAGAAGAAGAUGUCCUGCAGGAACAUCAAGAUCACCCCCAGGAGGAGUCCCAUCGACGGACAAUCCGUGGUCAGCCUCGAAUAUGAGAUGAAGGAGUAUGGAGAGAUUCCACGCGGUCAGAAGCUCAAGAACAAGUACCAGCAGGCUUACAUGAUUGAGAUCAAUCUGGCAGCACCGGCAUAG